UAGGAAGCGGGGAUGCCCCAGGAGGCUGAGUUGAGGCUGCAUUUUGCCAUGGAGGCCGCGGAAGUGGAGUUCCUGGCCGAGCAAGAGCCGGUUACCAUCAUCCCCAACUUCAGCCUGGACAGGAUCUACCUCAUUGGGGGAGACCUGGGUCCCUUCAAUCCUGGGCUUCCUGUGCAAGUUCCUCUCUGGCUGGCUAUCAACCUAAAACAGAGGCAGAAGUGCCGCUUGAUCCCUCCCGAAUGGAUGGAUGUGGAGAAACUGGAGCAAAUCCGAGAGCAAGAGCGCAAUGAAGAGACUUUUACCCCAAUGCCCAGCCCUUACUACAUGGAAUUAACUAAAUUACUAUUGAACUAUGCUGCAGACAAUAUUCCAAAGGCAGAUGAGAUCCGGACGCUGGUUAAGGAUACGUGGGACACUCGAAUAGCAAAGCUCCGGUUGUCUGCAGAUAGCUUUGUCAGGCAGCAGGAAGCUCAUGCCAGGCUGGAUAACCUGACUUUGAUGGAGAUCAACACCACGGGCCCUUUCCUCACUCAAGCUUUAGAUCACAUGUACAAGCUCCGCACAAAUCUCCAGCCUGGAGCGAGUGCCCAAUCUCAGGACUUUUGACAGCAGAAGUCUUCUGUGCACUCUCUUUCCGAUGCUCUGUUGCUGAUAAAUCCUUCCUGUGGCUGAAUUACCUGUAUGCUGUUAUAUACCUUUGGUCGUCUUACAAAGUUGCCUGAAAGCAAAAAUGACUUUGUCUCAGUGUUUGGUAGUAUUUGUGAGCAAAGUCGUCCAGUGCUCAUAUGCCAUAUCUGUGGUGUGGUAUCUGGACCAGUUUGCCGGGGUUCCUUGGAAUUGCUUCACUGAAAGGAUCAUACAGAUAUCCUCAGCAAAGCGAUGUUCUGGUGCAUCAGUACUCCAGAUACCUGUGCGGCCGCCAUUGCUGUCAUUCCAAGACGAAUUGGCUGAGUUUUUCACCAUUUUCUGCGUUGGAUUGUUGAAUUCUUUUGUCGUCAACCAGAAGGAGGAAACAAAUCGGUCCUCCCUCAGAUAGUUCCCAUUCCUCAUUGGGCCGUUAUCUUCUGAAGUCUCCAGAAGGAAUGACAAGAGUCAGUCUAUUUUUUACACUUGGCCACACAGCACUGCUUUGGGCCUGUCUCAAAGUGAUGUGUAACUGCAGAGACAUCUUUCAAGAAGGGCGCACUUUUCCCACUUACUGUCACCUAUGUCUUCGCUGUGUAUUUUGUGUUGUGAUAAAGGAUCUUUUUCUUGGCAGCAACACUUUUAA